CGCCCCCGGAGCUCGGGGGCGCGCACGAAGCAGGAAACGCGGACACCUGUCGACUCUGACACGUUAAACCUCAAAACAGUAAAAACAUUUUGGAUGUUUGUGUGAAUGAUGUUAGCACAGCGUGUUGUUUUGUCGUUGAGCUUGGAUUGUGCGCGCUCCCGAGCGAGCGSGCACAAACUCUUUCGGGGAUAAUUACUUCGGCUCCACACCUGCACCUCCUGGGAGCUGAAGGGAAGGAGAAAUCACCGUCUUUAAAGGAGGGAGUGGGUCGACAGGGAGGAGAAACGAGGAGGAGGUAACGGAUACUGGUCGUGGUUGACAAAUACAGUCGGUGAAGUCGCUCGGAGCGUCAGUUUCUUGUCUUUUUGUUGCGUUUUUCCUGUCAGGAAUAUUCAGGAMCAUCGGGCGGAAAACACAGCGGAGUGUCCAGCAGCAACAGAAGCCUCCUCUCAAUGCAACAUUAACCAGGUUGGACCGGUUCUGCUGCCCCCGACGGUUCUGGGUAAAGACACGAUGCCGGGGGCUCCUGAUCUCAUCAACCUGGGCUUCCUGUCGGACUCGGAGCGGGAAAUGAUCCUGGAGGUGCUGCGGCGAGACGAGGAGCUGAGGCUGGCAGAAGAGCAGCGCGUACGGAAGCUGAAGACGGAGUUACUGGAAGUCAAGAGGAAAGGAGCCAAACACGGCGGUGGAAAAUACAGCGAGCACAGCUGCGGCCGAUGCCAGGAGCCUCUGAGUCGCCUGACCGUUUUCUCCAACCGCUGUCAGAUGUGCAAUCACUUCGUGUGCCGGAACUGCCAGAGCUUCCUGCCCAGCGGCUCCUGGCUGUGCAGCGUGUGCACCAAAGAAUCUGAGUUGAAGAAGAGGACAGGUGAUUGGUUCUACAGUCGAAGGAUCAACCGGUUCUCUGCAGCUCCUGGACAUGACCUGGUGAGGGUCUCCCUGAAAAGGAAGACACCCAUGAAAAAGCGUGAGACGAUGGGAGAAGUGAUCUUAAGAAAUGAAAAACCUCCAGAUCCUUUCAGGCCGGUGCCUCUGCCUCGACAGAAGGUUCUGCCAGUUAACACGAGUCAGUCAAGUGAGACCCCAGGAUUCGUUGCGUCAAGGGAAACCGUUGAGUCAAAGAGUGAUGACGUCUCUUCAAAGCCAGCGCUCUGCAGCACGGAGUCUUUAGAAAACACCUCUGUUGGUGGAAGAACUGAGACUGAAUCUGGUCGCACCAGUCCUGAGCAACCGAGCGUUGCAGGAUCCGAUGUCUCCAGUCUGACUGUUCCAGUCAAAGCAGACCCUGAAGUGAAAUCAGCUGAUCUGAGCCUGGAGCUGGAAGUCGACAGGCUCUUUAAGAAAAGCAUCAAACGAGCCCCAAAACCUGCAGAGUGUUUAUCAACACUUGACCUUCGUGACGCACCAGAAGCUUCGAUGGGCAACAGGAGCCGCUCUGUGCCUGGCUUAGACCUUCAGGAGGAUGAAGAUGAAGACGAAGAUAUUGACCGCUUGGUGAGCUUUCACAAGAUGACGAUGGCGAGGAGCUCGUCCAGCCUGCAGAGCUCAAAGAGCACGCUGGGCAGCCUGACGAGCAUUUACAGCGACUCAGGAGACUUUGACAGCGUGGAGGUGAGCGGUGACGUCGUCUUCUCUGUGAGCUACGACGAGCACACUCAGAGCCUUCAGGUCUUCAUCAAGGAGUGUCACGAGCUGGCCUUCGGUGARGCUUCACGCCAGCUCUCCAACCCUUACGUAAAAUGUUAUCUGCUCCCUGAUAAAUCCCGUCAGAGCAAGAAAAAGACCACCAUCAAGAAAAAGACCAUCAACCCCGUCUACAACGAAACGUUAAAGUAUUCAGUCAGUCGCUCUCUGCUGGCCACUCGCUCGCUGUUGAUCUCCGUUUGGCACCACGGCCGUCUCAGCAGAAAUACGUUUUUGGGUGAAGUGGAAGUUCCUCUGGACCUGAGAGACCUGGACUCACCGAGUGAGGACCGCCUGCGUCUCAUGGGGAAGGCUGGUUCUUCUGCUCAACCUUCAGCUUUCUCUCAGCACAAAGGAGAGCUCGUGAUCUCACUGAAGUACAUCACGCCUAAAAACACGACAGCCGAGAAAACCAAAGGUAAAAAAUCAGCGUCUGAUGAAGGAGAGCUUCAUGUUCUCAUUAAGGAGGCGAAGAACUUGGUGGCGAUAAAAGGAGGCACGUCCGACAGCUUUGUGAGAGGGUACUUGUUUCCAGCAAAGGCAAAGAAUGCAAAGAGGAAGACCCCGGUGGUGAAGAAGAACCUGAACCCUCAGUACAACAGCACGUUUGUGUAUAAAGACGUGACUCUGGAGGAGCUGAGGGGGGCGUGUCUGGAGCUGACGGUGUGGGACAGAGAGGCCAUGCUGAGCAACGAGUUCCUGGGAGGAGUCCGCCUCAGCUCAGGAAAAGUCGCUGUAAAAACAGGAAAAGAGGAAGUGGAGCUGGAUUCUGUCGGAGAGGAAAUGAGUCUGUGGCAGAAGAUGAUGCAGUACCCUGACUCAUGGGCAGAGGGCACUCUGUCGCUGCGAUGCACCAUGGGUAAACCCACAGACAAAUGAAGGACGGAUCCGACACGUGGAGAAGGUUUUGUUACAUUUUCCUCAAGGUUGCCUUGAAUGUUCUGUUCGCUCAAUAAAAGUUAAAUAAACUCUAA